GCUCAUAAGUCGGCUAAUUGUCAUCAAAUUUGCUCUCAAAACUACUCAUUUAACUCUCUUCUUUUUUCACCUUUUUCUCUGCUCUGUAUUGGCUUCUUGCUUCUCCUCUUCACCUGGGAAAAACAUACUGUAGUAUUUAUUAUUCCAAGAAUUAUGAAUCAUCUAUGUACCAUUUUCUUGUCUCUUCAAUUUCUGUCUUGCUGCUUGCUGGUAAAGGAGAUAACCUUUUGAUGAACAACUGAAGGAAAGCUAGUACACUAGCAAGAUCUAGAGCCGAGAUAUCAUGUCUGAUCGUGUUGCCCAAUCAUCUUCAGAUUGUGAUGGUAGAACCGGGAAAUCUGUACAUUCGGUUCAAUCUGUUUGGAUGGCACAUUGGACUAGAACAAGCUACAAUUCUGCAGCAGAAACACACAAUCUUGCACCUAAUGCUCUUGCAAAGAAGGAAAAUGACCAAGAUUCUAAGCCUCUCAAGUCAGUUGUUAAAUUGGAGACGAUGUCCAAGCUUUCUAAAUCCGUCAAAAGAUUAAGAGAAUCUGAAACUCAAACAUUUGAAGUCAUUAACGAGAGUCUGAGAACAAGUUCAAGAACCAUUGCGAAAGAAACUCUAGGCAAUUGGUCCCUACCAUUGCACAAUCCUUGUGAAAAUGUGAAAACUCCCUUCCAGGAUCCGUUGGAUUGUGUCAAAACUCAAUCAUAUGAUGUUGGUUGCAGCACUCUUGCAUCGAGGCCUUCACUAGAUAAUCCAAGUCACUUAGCAUCUCAUCUUGUACCAUAUGGAGAUCCUGGCCAGUACAUAACCAAAGACGGGGAAAGGACACAGAAACCUGUCAUAAAUAGAUCAUUCCUAGCUGCAAAAGAAGAACUGCCAAGAUUGGAAACGCUGGAGCAUGAACAUGGGAGGUCGAUAACUCCCUAUUUGAGGCAGAGAAAUACGUUCUUGCUAGAUAGACCCUCCACAAGCAGAAAUCUUCCUCCAGAAUUUGGUGGAGAAGAGUUUCAGAAAAUUCCAGGUUUGUCUUUUAUCAGGUUGUUAAAAGAUGAACCUAGUCCUUCCCAGGUACCUGACCAGCAAAAGCUACCACAUCCUUUGCAUGAUAUAGAAAUAAUGAGAACAAGAAAUACCAUGGACCCUGUAGAGGGGAUGACUGGAUAUUGUCCCGGCAUUUCUCAGACAACCCAUAGUAUGUUAAUCACAAAAGGAACAGAUGCUAAUCUUUUGGAAGGAAACAAUGUCAUUGCUAAUUCAAGGAUGUGGAGUGAAAUUAAUGCGAAAGCAUCAUUAAGUAAUCGUGGUAGCCCAUCUAAAUCUUUUGGUCGUUAUAAGGGAGGAAUGAAGCUUCAAAUUCAAAGCUGCUCCACAGGUAGUGAAAGAAAGAAAAGUAUAGAAGGCAGUAAGCCUUCUCAAUUUGUGUUAAAGAAUGAAUCUUCAGCUGAAACUGAUACCAUGGACAUGGAUGUGCUUCAGGAAAAGAACCAGCUUUGUGGUACAAGUUCUUCCAUAGUAAAGAAGGUGAACAAAAUGAACCGAAAUUCGCCCCCUCAGCUUGCACUCGACUUCCCCAGGAAAGAAACUGGACGCAAGCAGUUCAAGUUGGAUAUAAACUUAGAGCUACCUGCUCCGACUGAUAAUAUGGAAGCAAGUUCUUCCAGAACUGAAAGUUUGGACUUGGGAUCGAUACUGGCCCGUGCUGAACAGCCCAGUUCAUCAAGAACUGAUCUCUGUGCUGAGGGGCUUCCUGGACAGGACCCUAGCAAUAGAUGGGUUAAGCGCCUCAAAGUGGGUGCUCCUGUUUCUUUGGCUUUUGGUACUAGAAGCUCAAGAUUAGUAGGGGAGAAAUCUCCUGAGAAAUCACAUGAGUUCCCCAGCAAAAUUACUGAACCAGCCAUAACUAGCUCCGAGCUAGCAUCUUGCAAACUUCAUGGUAAAGAAUUGAUGACUCCCGAUAACACUCCAGGGUUAGCAAUGAACUCUAAUCCCUCUUCCAUGAGUGUUAUCAAGAAAGAUCUAGAUUCAUUGACUUCACACUGUUGGAUUCAAAGGCUGCUUCAUGAAAGGACUACUACUUCAGCAAAGAGGCCCCAACCGGUGGUGGUUUGUGAACCUCAAACCUCAAAGUUGGAGCUUGAUGAUUUCCAGAAGAAACAGCUUCCAAGCCUUGGUGCCAUGGCCCUCAUGGGGAAGGCAAUGAAUGGUUUUCAGCCAUGUGAAUUCCGUAGAAAAGGCCCUUUGGUUGUUUGGAACACUCGGAGUUUCUGAAUAAUCAAUGAGCAACAGUUAUUAGGCUUCAGUUUGAUCCGCUAAUGGUGCCAACAUGCCCAAAAAUCUUUUGACUUGCAUGGUACAGAGAACAGAUCUCAUGGCAUUUAAUGAUAAGAGUGACCUGGUGCAUUUUGGAGCUUGAUUUAAAUAAUUGGCGCUAGUAAGUACUUUGUCUUAAUUUUUCUCUUGGAUUCUGUAUUUGCCUAUAUGGUGCUACUUUGUAUUUAAACAUAAUGAUGAAACACCAGAUGCCUUGUUUCUUGAACAGGCUACUCGUCUGGCUGCUUUCAUCUUCCUGUAUACAACUACAUAUAUAUGCCAAAGAGGUUCAGAGUAAACUAUUAUCGCGAUUGAUUAUGCGAGGUCUUGAUUGUUGUGGCUGAGACUGAGUUCAUGGGACAGUUGAGCAAUGCCAAAUUUGCUUUAUGGAGAACACUGGUGGCUGACCGCUUUAGGCGUGCUCCUCUAUUCAGCUCGGACACAGUUUUCUGAGAUUUGAGUGCAUAAUAAUCCGUCUAAGAAGUUUUUCUUCUGCAUAUGCCUAUCUGCUAAUUGACUAUGGCUUUUGUUAAAGAUCUGAGUUUCUAUUUCUUUUUUUUCUUUUUCACCUGGUAUUGCAAUGAUGUACAAACAACUUGAAUAUUGCUGAAUUUUUGGUUGAUCAAAGAUUGUAUUUCCCCGUGGGUGAAA